AUGCAGCUGGGAGACCUCGAAAAGCAGCCCGACGUCGGCCCCAUCUUCACCAACGACGACGUAGAAAGCCUGGCAUGGCAAGACCUGACGGUGACGGUCGAGGAUCGCUCGACCCGUCGCGACCGCAACAUUCUGCAUUUCUCUUCGGGCAUCGUUAGACCCGGCGAAAUGGUUGCGCUGAUGGGUCCAUCUGGAUCUGGCAAGACCACGCUGCUCAACACACUUGCACAGCGCCAGACGGCCACUGUCACGGGGAAAGUAUUGGUCACUGGCGAGGAGGCCUCACUUGCCACGCACCGGGCGAUCGCAUCUUUCGUGGAGCAGGAAGACACACUGAUCGGCUCACUGACCGUCGAGGAGACCCUGAAGUUUGCUGCCAGACUAUCUCUGCCCGGGUCCGUCACGAAAGCAGAAGCGCGAGAUCGCGUCUCGAAACUGAUAAACUCCUUUGGCUUGAGCGGCCAGCGACACACUCUUAUCGGCACUCCUCUGCAAAAAGGAAUCUCUGGAGGUCAGAAGCGGCGAGUGAGCGUGGCGACACAGCUGAUCACAGGUCCACGCGUCUUGUACCUCGAUGAACCAACAAGCGGAUUGGAUUCGACGGCGAGCUUUGAAGUUAUCUCCUUCAUCCGCAACAUUGCUCGGCAAAACCGGUUGAUUGUCAUUGCGAGCAUACACCAGCCAUCAACCAAGACCUUCGACCUCUUCUCGAAAGUCACACUACUCUCGCAAGGCAAGACCUGCUAUGCCGGCCCUGUACCGGAGAUGUCCGACUUCUUCGCUGAGAUUGGUAUGCCUAUUCCAGGCAACAUCAAUCCAGCCGAACAUGUUCUCGAUCUGGUCAAUGCCGACUUCUCUGUCGAUUCCGCCCAUACACCUCUCGAGACUGUCUUUCAAGGAUGGCAAGACUCUCCGCGUGCGCGACAGCUUCACGAAGAACUGAAAGGUCUCAAGUCGAAUCGUCGCCUUCAGAUCAAAGGUACUGGGAAGAAGCCAUCGUUCUUCGCGCAAGUUGUGGUUCUUCUUCACCGUGCAUUCAUCAAGAGCUUCCGAGAUAUUGUCGCUUACUGGAUUCGUCUCGCCAUGUACAUGGGCUUGGCCGUCAUGAUGGGCACAGUCUGGCUGCGUCUGAGCUCGGAGCAGAAGAACAUUCAGCCAAUCGUGAACGCUAUCUUCUUCGGCUCGGCGUUCAUGUCUUUCAUGGCAGUUGCCUACGUUCCAGCCUUCCUCGAAGAUCGAGCUUCGUUCGUCAAAGAGCGAGCAAAUGGCUUGUAUGGUCCUGCUGCAUUCCUCCUGUCGAACUUCAUCAUCGGCCUACCCUACCUCUUCCUGAUAUCUGUGCUGUUCUCGGUGGUAUCCUACUGGCUUAUCAACCUGCGCCCAGAUGCCGCGGCAUUCUUCACGUGGAUCAUGUGGCUCUUUCUCGACCUCUUGGCCGCGGAAUCACUUGUGGUCUUCAUGUCGUCUCUGUUCCCAAACUUCGUGGUAGCACUGGCAUUGAUUGCAUUCGCGAACGGUCUCUGGAUGAGCGUUGGAGGUUUCCUUGUCUCAAUGCCGGUCCUCAACGGGUUCUGGAAGUACGUGUUCCACUACAUCGACUAUCAAGCCUACGUCUUCCAGGGCAUGAUGGUCAACGAGUUCAAGGCCAGAGACUUCUCCUGCGCACGUGUCGGCGACAGCUGUCACUGCAUGUAUUCAAGCGAACUGCAAAGUCAAUGCAAGAUCGCUGGGCCGGCAGUUCUGCAAGAUUAUGGCUAUGCAUUGGGUAGAGAGGGCAAGUGGGCUGGCAUCAUGAUCGCCAUCAUCAUCGUCUACCGCUUGUUGGGUUGGCUCGUGACCUGGCUGCGCAAGUCUUGA